UAACACACCUUUUUCACUUCAAAAUCUCCUCUAUUGCAUAUUUCUUCAUCAUUUUGCUUCAAUCAUGGCCGGAGGAAAGAAGACAAAGGCUUCCAAGAAGAAGGGCAACGCCGAAGCUACGACCUCUGCGCCCCAGCCGUUUCCGUACCUGGACGGAUCCUUCUUGGAGUUCGGGUCGGAGGAGGAACUCAACCGGUUCCUCACGCACUUUGCCAAGUGUCCCAUUUCUCCGCCUAGGGUGCUGCCCGAGUUGUACCCUCAACAAAAGGGGUACCACGACCUCGACAAUCAGCUUCAAGCAUCGGGUCUGUGGUCGUUCGUCUCCAGGAGUCGCUCGAGCUUCAAUCCCGCCUUUGUGCGAGCCUUCUACUCCAAUCUCCGCCGGGAUGGGGACACCAUUCGAAGUAGCAUCAAUCUCUACGACAUAGAGAUUGAUUUGGCUACCUUCGCUCGGGUCGCAGGGCUGCCCACCCGCGGUGACGACAUCGCAACAUAUGGCGGCGAUGAUUGGAUCCUCAACAAUGAGGCGGUGGUCAUCCGAGAGCUUGGGAUCACCAACCUCAUCCGUCACAGCGGCGCACCAACAAUCCACUCAGCCCCGCCGGAGAAGCGUCUUCUUCUCUACAUCCUCACCCGGAUUCUUCGCCCCCGGGACGGUAGCCACACAUGUCUCUUCAACGAGGAUCUCAAGGCGGUUCAUGCUAUCACCCACGGCGCCUCGAUCAAUUGGGAAAAAUACGUCAUGAUUCACAUGGCGGAUUGCGCCUCCAUCACCACUGAGCGGAGCUUCCCAUACGCCUUCCUCGUCAUGGACCUCAUCAUCUCCGCCGACAUCUCCAUCGCCGGCCCGGAUACGAAGAUGACAAAGAUUUGGAUAAUUCAAGACAGCACCUUCUGGAAGAAGUCCGGAGACCGAGACGGCGCAGGCCCAAGUCGUGCACCAGCCCCGUCUUCCGCCAAGGCCUCUUUGCAAUCCAUAGCCGAUACUCUGAAUCGGCUAACACCACGACAUGACGGCGUUUUGAUAAUGCCAAACCGCCGUGAUCAAAUCGAACAUUCAAUAUACAAGGCGAAGAACGAAGAUAAGAGCAAGAGCUAAACGAAGACCAAGAACGAAGACCUUAAUCAUAGUAUUGAGUCGGUCUUUAUUGUGAUCAAGACCGACCCAAUCUUUACACCUUGGCUCUUUAGGCUAAAAACUCUCAUCGCAUUUCUUACAUCAUAAUAAUGGUUUUAAACUUGU